AGGGCGCGGCGCGGUGCAUGCUGGGACCUGUAGUUCGGAGCGGCGGAGCGUUCGCCGCACCCCUAGGGCCGGCGAGAGACGGGAGAACUACAAGUCCCAGGGCGCCGCGGGAAGGAGCGGGCAGGGCGCCGCCUGAGGGCGGGGGGUACGAACGGGAACCUGCCGGCGGUGCUGCCGGAGGACGCUUCCUCAGAUCCAUUGUGAGACGGUGUCAAUGGGAAAUUAGCAGUCAGCUGCACACCGUCCGCCUCCAGCGUGGCCCUGGGGAGCUGCAGUGCUGCUGAGAGGAGCCCAGGAGUCUGCGGGCUGUGCUCCAUGCUGGGUGUGGAACAGUCUCUGCGUGGCCCAGUUUGGAGCAGACUGAUAAGGCUCCUUGUUUCUUAGCAACCACGAUCUGCCAUAGCCAGGAGCCUGCCCUUCUGCAGCUGGAGGGAAAAUUCUGAAUGUCUCAAAUCUCUGUCUUGCACCAAGACUGUUGUCUUUCCUGGGCAUGGAGGUGCCGUACAUCCUUCUCUUAACCAGGCUUGUAGCAGAAGUUGCCAGCAAAUCUACUGAAAGUUCGGUUUCAGAAACGGAAUGUUGCGUGGACAUGUUGGAGUCAAACAGUUCCUGUCCAGUGGCCAACCAGUGCAGCCCAGGUUGUUACAGACGAUGGAACGAGGAUGGGAGUAGCAGCUGCAUUAAGUGCAAAAAUGAAACUCUUCCUGUUGCUACCGUUUACAAUCUGACCGACUGCAGAACCGCUGGUAUCAGAGGGAUGAAUUUCCAGAUGAAUAUAAGCACUGUAACUCCCUUCAUACAGAACGUAGGGGGUCCGGAAGUGGCAGCUUCUCUCAUCUUAGGGACGUUUUUCAUCAGCUUAUUCCUGAUUCUGUCUGUCGCUUCUUUCUUCUACCUCAAGCGUGCCAAUAAGCUUCCUAAUGUUUUCUACAGAAGGAACAAAGCGUCCGUUCUCCAGCCUGGUGAAACAGCAUCCAUGAUACCUCCCCCAGCUACUUCAGUUCGGAAGCCGCGAUACGUCCGACGAGAACGGUCACUAGUGACAUCUGCAUCCGCUGCUAUGAUCUCAUCUUCCGAAACCAGGGUCAGCAAUGUUUAGCCUUCGCUCCCGCCCGAGGACUCUGUAACUGGACGCAGCGUUGAAGAAACUUUUUCCGAAUCCACUGAAGUGCCAGGCAGCGAGCGGCUGACCGAAACGGGAGCCAAAUUACUGCGUCCAAAGAGUUUGUGCCAAAAGCGACCGGGGAAGAUGAGCUCGCGUAAAGACGCUGAGGGCAGGGCCGCGUCCAGUUCUGUGAACUGCUGCCGUCAUCUCGAAAUGCGCUAUUCCAGCUCUGUGGUUUCCUUUGUCUCCCACAGAGGCCGCGUUUCACCUUGACGGUAUCUGCCUGUCUUUGUUACGCUUUCAGUUUCGGCAAGUUCUUCCUGUGUCGCGAUACGUUCUGUGGCCCCGGAGCGGAACUGGGGGAAGCCGAGGACGCGGGGUUGUUUGAAGGGCCCGUUUGUAACAGCAAACACUCAGUGCCGCUGCUUUAAUGUUCUAGGACAAUGUAACAAUACUGAAAUUGUGAUAUUAAAAAACGAACGAAGGCAAAAACACCUCCUGAAACGUCCCCUUCCGCUUCGGAAGUAGCUGACCCUGGCUUUUAACUCUACUUACAGGCCCACCGUUCAAAUACUGUUGGUGCUUUUGACAGCUGGCUGGUAGGGGUCGGAUCCCAACGGCUUCGUGCGCUUCGGCAGCUUCUCAGCGAGCUUCAGCUCAGUCCUUGGGCGAAGAACCGUUCGCUCCGGCUUUGUAGUUGGUAGGCCGCUACGCCUGUCCCGCAGAGACAGCCUCUAGUAUCUUCCUUGUACACAGCAGGUGAAAAGAAACCGAAUUCCCUGCAGGGGAUCUUUGCACCCGUUAGACGUGCCAGUGAGUGCCAAGGUGAACUUGAGAGGUCAGGUGAAUUGCCAUGGAUGCAAUAAGCGGUUUCUUUUCUCAAGCCUUUCCUUAAGGCGCCUGACUUGUGCAGGCCAGCACCUUAGGGCAGAAUCCUUGUUGAAAGCACCAGCCGAAACAGCACCUCCGGUGCCCGCUUUUGCCCAUCUGAUGUCAGAGGAGCAGCCGCUCCGGAAAGUGAAGCAGCUGUAGCUGUCAAAUCUUCCUUGGUCAGGCUAGGCUAGCUUGCAUCAAAUCGGUUCCUGGCACGGCUGACCGUUGCCACGUGAACGUCGGGAUCGGCACGGUGGGCACAACGGCAGGGGCGUGAGAGCGGGUGACAGGGAAAUGACCGGAAGACUUGAGGUUGCUAAACGGGCGGAAGCGUCGCUGUCACCGUAGGUGCAAUGCUCUCUAAGCAGCCUGUGCGUUCCCACCUACCUGCGUUGCUAUAGCCUGUCUUAGUUUAGCUGGAGCUCGGUUACGGGUCUGUGCUCCUAAAAUAAAUUACUGUGAAGCUUUUUACCGUCAGCCACUGCCAUGAACAUAACGGUCGGGAACUGGAACAGUCAGUUCUCUUCCAAAAACGGGGACGUAAGUGUCACGAGCUGAUGCCAUACCCGUAUGGAGAGCGCAGACCUUUUUAUCCGGAUUCCUUCUCUCGGAGGAUAAAAGCUUAUCCAGAGCGGUAGGCACAGAGCUGGGCAGGGAUAUCUUACUGAAUAGGCCUCUUGUUAUGCCAGUUUCGGUGCAGCUGCGUGUCCUCGCAUCUCUCUCCUUACGAGGCAAACGAGAUGUCCUCUAGCAUCCGAACAAGCGAGGGCAAAGGCUGGGGAUCAAGAAAAACCCUCAAAGGAGCAGCCUGCCCCCGAGCGAGGGGAAAA